AAUAAAGAUAAACUUUAAAUUACCAAUACAAUACAAUUACCAUAUUCGAGGAAGAAAAAUGGGUUUUAAGUUUAUUGUCGAAUUUCACAACGAUUCACGAAAGCCUUGUCCAAUUUACGACAUCGAUCUACUUUUUGACUUUUUAUCAAUCAAACUUUAUCAAUAUUAGGGGGAAAAAGUUGAAUUUGUUUAUUUUGGAGGUACUUUUUUUUGCAAACUUGUGCCUUUGUACAUGUCACUGGCGUAAUCUAGCGUUUUGCCUCAAAAUUGUAUUCUCUCGUGGUCCACCACUUCGUUACCGGUCUCCAUUUUAGGUGAUUUAUUCCAGCCGAUUCUCAACUCUCAAGAUCUACUCGCUUAAACAAAAAAAAUUAUAUAAACAUAUAAAUAUUAUAUUGUUAUAUAAAAAUCACAAAAAGCGACUUGAAAGAGAAAAAAAUGGACCGGAGCAGAUAUUAUCCUGGGAUAAGAGAAUAUCAACAUUCUGAGUUUGAUAUUGGUGAAAAUAAUUUAGAUAUUAAUUUACCAGGCAGUUCAAGAGACCAGUUUUUAUCCAGUAGGCAUGAUUCACACUCCCUUCAACAUUUGGAACUAGUGAAUGCCAUUUUAAAAAAAGAGCGAAAGACAUUCAGUAAAUACUUCAAUUAUCCCGAUGAUACAUGUAGCGAUAAGGAUUUUCAAGAAUGCAACGAUGAAAGGACUGGAGUAAAAAGGAAACAGAAAUAUGUCAAUGUGGAUUAUGAAUUGUCUAUGGACAAUGAGAAACUUCCUUUUGAAUCAUAUAUGGAAAGGAUUAAGGAGCACUUAAACCGCUCUCACACUGUCCGCAUCAUUGAAAAAUGUACUUAUGAAAAAAAUGGGCAGAAAAAAUUGUUUCAGGGUGUGCUGAACAAAUUGAAACAAGACAGCCAUAAUUUGAGAACUUUCAUGCAGGUAGUUAAGAAUUCAUCAAUUUCUACUUUAAAAGAAGAAAAUGGGCCCCAAAAGGAUUUAUUAUAUGCAAAUGGAAAAAAUGCAUCGACUACUAAUGAAGGGAAAGAAAUAUUGUCGGGCAGUAAUUUAUCUUCUUACAUGCCUGAGGAAAGUUCGGAUUCUGAUCAUUCUGCAAGUGAAGAAACUGAUAAUAUGCUUGCCUUUGAUAAAAGAAAACCGAUGCAGAAAAAGUUCAAAGGAGUUAAAACUAGGCGUCUCCUUCCAGACAAAGUUGCUAUCAAACAGAAAUCGCUUAUUUAUGGUUUUGGUGCGCAAGUAAGGCAGCUGUCGAAGGAUUUGGAACAAUUUCAUAAAAAGCGCUUUCCAGUUGGCCUCAGCCCGAGGGACCGGCUGCUCUGGCUGCAAGAAAAUCGAGACACAGGGAUUUGGGUUCAGUGUUCUGAUUGCAGCAAAUGGAGAUAUUUGUACAGAGUGAAAGAUGCAUUGGAAAUCAAGCCGUUUUGGGUUUGUUCGAUGAACUCUGAUUUUGAUUUCAACAAAUGUAGCAUUCCUCAGGCGGCCAGUUUUGACCCAAAAGAUCUCAUCGAUGCUGACUACAGUCCUGGCUCUGUUGUGUUAGCCAAAGUAAAAGGCUUUCCUUGGUGGCCGGCUAUCGUUGAUGACAACCCCGAAUGUGAACAAUUUUAUUGGUUAAAAGAAACUUCCAAUGAAGUAAGUUUCUACCAUGUUGUAUUCUUCGACUCUCGUAAGAAGUGUACCAACGCAUGGGUCGAUCUCGACUCAAUAAGACCCUACAUUGAAACUUUCAUGUUGUGUUUUCCAUUAUCGCGUAACAACAAUUGCUUGUACAAAAGGCGAUUAAAGUUUGCAAAAAUCGAAGCUGAAAAAGCGUUGAAGAUGGAAUGUGCUGAUAGGCUUUUGAAUUUUGGGUUUUUGGCCAGGUUUAAAGAGUCUACCAUCAAUUAUAAAUCUGAAAAUAGUCAACUUUAAAAGAGAACCAUGGUUAUCAAUAAAGUAGCUGUUGUUGUUCCAAAUUAAGAAUGUAAAAAAAAAAGUAUCCAAUUAGGUGGUACAAGUAAUGUUCUUAAAACUUAUAAAUUGUGAUACAAU